AUGCCAUCCAAUAAAACAUUAAAAAUUAAAAAGAUUUUAGGCAAAAAGCAAAAGCAAAACAGACCAGUCCCACAAUGGAUUCGUUUAAGAACUGAUAACACCAUCAGAUACAAUAACAAACGUAGACAUUGGAGACGUACAAAGCUUGGUAUCUAA